UUUCCAUAACCACCAAACCUCAUAUUCCCGGUUUUCACCAUGGCGGUCGAGGGACCAGGAAUAGAAGCGUUUCAAAAUGAAAAGAAAACGCUUUAUUCUACCUUGAUAAGCAGUGAAACGAUUCUUGCUUUUCUUGGUACGAAAAAGGUUAUGUUGGAUAUUCUACGACAUGUGAAUCAAACCAAUGAAAUUGAUGAAAAAAGUAUCGUUGCUAUCAUAGAUAAUAUUAUGGAAGUUUUACCUAGAAAUGUUUCACGUGAAUGUCGCUUACAACUAUGUGCUACACUUUCACAUAUAACGAAGUUAUCUCCUUCGAUUGCUCUUUGUGCGCUUGUAAAUCGUCUUCGAAGCACUUCUAUUCGCUUGGAGCGCAUUCCUAGCAGCUCUAUUUCAAUAUCUUUUAAUGCUUUGAUUUGGGUGAACUGCAUCCUUUCUAAUCUCCCUUCCAAUGAAUUCAAAUACUGGAUGCUGGAAAUUCUUCCUCUUCAAAGCCAAUUCUUGAAUGUCGUCCUUCGGGAUGGAAAACCCGCGAUUAUUCGUAGUGCCUUGCACUCAACACGUCGUUGUUACCGUUCCUUAUUCCUUGCUCAACUGAAUGAUUUGUCCUCUUUUAUUUCUUUUCUUUUGAACGAAACCAAACCAGCUCUCGUUCUUCCGAAAGCUUUGCCAUUAUACGGUGUCAUACUGGGCACUUGUUACUAUUUUCAAUUGUCUUCGGAGCCUCGCGCUUUGGCAUCAGAAAAUAUAGACCCUUUUGUAAAGAUGAUUCCUCAACACAUCCUUGCAGCAAAACCGGCUUUACACAGGUUUGCUGGUGAGGGAUUCUGUUAUAGCAUUGGAUUGUUGUUAUCUUUAGAUAAAUUGUCCAGUGACCUAUUGCCUUCUAUCGAGAAGGCUUUAUUACGUUCUCCGGAACUUGUCUUUGCAGGUAUUCUAUCAUCAUUGGCUAUUGGUUUCGCCGAUUCUGGAAAGGAUGCCUCUUCUUUACUGCUGACUAGUCUUUACGAGGCCUUUGCUUCAAAUUUGAAGAGUUCGAAUGCAACUGUUCGACAAAACUGCUUUCAAACAUUUUCGGUCCUUUGUAAGCAUGCCAAGGACUCCAAAAUGCUUAUGGAUGUUGCUUUGAAAUUGGUUUCUGCUUUGAAAACGAACAAAGUUACCUCUAAUGAACAUCGCAAUCUUUAUAUUGAGUGUCUUUCUCAUCUCUCUGUUAAAGAAGUAGAUUCUGCUUCUUUACUUAAUGAAGUCCUGCCUUUGUUCAUGAAGGUUCAAGAAAGCAGUUUUUAUCACCUAGCAGCUGUGGUUACAAGGAAUGUCAAAUCGCUUCUAUCGUCAAAUAUUUCUUUAAGUAGAAGCAUUUACGACUUCCUUUCAAAAUCAUUAGAUAAGCCAGUUGCAUACGAGCGUCAGCAUUGGAUAUUAGCUUUGGCCGAUUUAGCUUGGGAUUUGCGAGCCGAUGAGCCUUCUCGUUUGGAGUUCCUAAACUUUUACUUGGAGCACUUGAAUAAAUCAAGCAAGGCUGCUUUAAGUAAUCCUACCAAUGCUUUACAGAAUGGAAGCAUUUUGGCCCCUGUUGUGUAUUCGUGCUUAAUGAACAAAGAACGAAGUGAUAGGGAACUUACCGAACUUAAAUCUGUCGACGAUUUGCAAAGCUUACUCGAUGGGCUUGUCAGCUCUGUAAAUGGAGAUACUAUUCUCUUUUCAAACAAAAUUAUUAAUAAAUUAACUACUGAUUCCGCGAAAUUAUGGUGGCUUCGUGGUCUUUGUAAUUUUGCUAGUGUCUAUGCCAAAGACUUAACUGAUAGCUUGGCUUCUUCCUGGUUCCAGUCAAUAAUAAAUUUAUUUAACUUCUCUGGCAACCAGACCAGCAAAAUUGCUUUUGAAGCUUUAAAGAAUGCGGUACUAGUUAAUCCUGGUUUGCGUAAAAUCAUCUGCUCUCAGUUUUGGAAUUUGCAUUAUCAGUCUGAGGCCUCUAAAAAGGAUGAUAAGUUUGAUGAGAAUUCUUAUAAGAAGUUGGUUCAGCUAUUAAAAUCAAUUCUCUUAACAAUUUCCUCAAACAUUUCCGACGUAAAUCCGAAAGAGAUUGCAGACUAUGAUUUUUAUCUGAUUGAACUUUUAUUCCUUUCCUUCGCAUAUGUUGACCAAUUUGAUUGGAUUCAGUUAUGCCAGCUUUCGCAUAGAGAUCCUGCAACACUUGUCACUGAACGAAUUCACGAUAUCGUGAAGUACAUCGAAGUUGCAUUGUCCAGUGACGUUAGAUCUGAAAAGGAGAAAGCAAUGAUUUCUUCUAUUUCGAUGAUUGUUUUUGUUGCUCCAGAGGCUUCCACUCCUCUUUUUGUAAACCUUUUCCGUGGUCAGCUUGUUAAUCUCAAAUUAGCAGAUGUCUCAGAUUUGGAAUAUGAAAUUUGGAAAACUCCUGAUGGAAUUCUCUGGGAGAACGUAUUAGAAAAGAAGACUCAAAAAAUGGACAAGAAUACGAAGGAUUAUGAAACAAAGCGUUGGGAAGCAGAAGUUCGAGCUAAGCAAGCUGAGAGGAAGCCUAUGAAGUUGAACAAAGAUCAGCAGGCUUUGGUGGACGCUCAACUCGAGAAGGAAUCCAAAAUUAGACAGUCUGUUAGACGCCUUGUUGUAUCCCUUGAGCGUGGUCUUGGAAUUAUUCAAAGUAUGGGAAAUGCUGUCCAAUUGUGUCCUGGAUUGUGGGUUGAGGAAGCUAUUGAUGUGCUGGUUUUUGGUAAAGUUCUACAUUUGAGUACACCAUUUACUGGCGACCUGGCUUUAGUAGUCUUCAAGUUGGUUGUAGCUGCCUCUGGUCUUCCAUCUCGCUUGGGUGAAUCUGCAUAUUCGGAUUCUUUAGCUAUAACCAUUCUCAAUGCUCUUAACGCUAAUCCUAGCGUUGAUGAGAGUAUUAUUGAUUCUUUCCUUUAUAAGGUACGCUUUGCCAUUGAACAAGCAUAUUUUGAGCCUGAAGCAUUCUCUUGCAUUUUUCCAUUGGUUAAUAAGCUUUGUUAUGAAAACGCUACUAAAGAUGACGAAAAAUCGACUGAGCACUUAUUAUUAGCGAUUGAAAUGUUAGGAUUUCAAGCACCAUAUUCUUUCUGUUUGAGGGGCAUGCGGGCUAUGUUUUUGAAAGCACUUUUGCAUUUACUUGAGACUGUUCCUGCUCAUUAUCAGGACAUCAAGAACUCAUUACUUUCCCUUGUGCAAGGUAUCCGUACAUCUUACACUGAUAACGAAUUAAAUAUUCUUUUACAACAUGCUUGUCACAACGAAAGUUCUGUUCGCUCAGCCGUUUUACAGUCUUUGCAAGUCUUAGACUUAACCCAAUAUAGCUUCAUUAAGGAAAUUUUCUUGGAGCUUUAUGAUGACAAUGAAUCUAACGCUGCCGUUGCUCAUCAGAUAUCGACGCAAAACGGUUUAGACGCGAAUGAAGACUCGUAUUCCGAACUAUUACCUUUGCUUGAUGUUAAAUCUAAUUAUCUUCACACUCUUAUCGGAAAAUCGUUUGUCGACUUGAUCGAUGAAUUUGAAGAUUUCUCAUCUGUUCUCCCCAAGAAAUUAAUGGAAAUAUAUAGUAAGAACGCCUUACCUUCACCUCCGGAAUAUGAUGAAUACGGUAUCAUAAAGAAAGAGACUAUCGGUCGGGAUCUAGGUAUUGUUACCAGGGAAGGUGUCAGUAUAAUCUUUGUGCAUAUUUCGCAGUACAUUUCUUCAAGUUUACUGGUACCUUUUUUGGAAUUUUUGCUGUCUUCUGUUCAGUCAGAUGCUCAGAUUCCCGUUACUGAUAGUUCAGUAACUGUAGCUUCCAAUAUGUUGGUAGCCGGAAAACAAGCGAUUACUGCUUUUGGUUCCUAUCAAGUGGAGGCAUUGAUGGAAUUGUUCGAAACUAAACUUAACGUUGAUACUUUGCCAACUGAGGCCAAUGAUAGAUUACGUGAGGCAACUGUAGUACUCUUUGGUACCGUUGCACAGCAUCUGCGAGAGAAUGACCAACGAUUAGUUGUGGUUAUCGAAAACUUAAUUUCUGCUUUGUCCACUCCCAGUGAAAGUGUGCAAUUAGCUGUUGCUUCAUGUAUUUCACCAUUGAUCAAAAAGCUACUUCCUAAAGCAAAAGAAUAUUAUGACCGUUUGACAACCGGUUUAAUAAAUGCUUCAUCUUUUGCCGAGAGAAAAGGAACAGCUUAUGGUUUGGCUGGAUUGGUUAAGGGUUUGGGCAUUAAAGCCUUUAAGGAUUUUGAUAUUAUGGCACAAUUAUGCGAAUCAAUGUCGAACAGGCAAAGUUCAUCAAUCAGACAGGGUGCUUUGUUUUGUGUGGAAGCCUUUUCGCGUACGUUAGGAAUUUAUUUCGAGCCUUAUUUACCUGAUUUACUUCCUUUAUUGCUUUCUUCCUUUGGUGACAGUGCAACUGAAGUUAGAGAAGCUACUUUGGAAUCUGUGAAACAUAUAAUGAGCCAGUUAAGCGCUUAUGGAGUUAAACUUUUGCUUCCUAGCUUGUUGGAUGGCUUGAACGAUUACAACUGGCGGUCUAAGCGUGCUUCUGUAGAAAUUCUCGGUUUAAUGUCCUUCAUGGCGCCCAAACAGUUAUCAGUCUCUUUACCUACUAUUGUUCCCAAGCUGACAGAGGUUUUGACUGACUCUCAUUCUCAGGUUCGCAAUACGGCAAAUAAAAGUUUGUUGCGUUUCGGUGAAGUCAUUUCCAAUCCUGAAAUACAGAACCUUGUACCUAUUCUCCUUAAGGCCUUAAGUGACUGUACACGUUUCACUGAUGAUGCAUUAUCUGCCAUUCUUAAGACUGCUUUCGUUCAUUAUUUGGAUUCUCCUUCGUUGGCUUUAGUCAUACCCAUUAUUCAGUAUGGUAUGAGAGAACGCAAUGCAUCUACAAAGCGUCAAUCUGCAAAGAUUUUUGGAUUAAUGGCAAGUUUGACUGAACCUGAAAAUCUCGCAAUUUAUCUAGAUGCAUUAAUGCCCAAAUUACGGGAAGUACUUAUCGACCCUGUGCCUGAUACCCGUGCAACUGCUGCUAAAGCUUUAGGAUCGUUAAUGGAGAAAUUGGGUGAAACUAAGUUCCCAACUCUUAUUCCUGAAUUGUUCAAUAUUCUUAGAAGUGAGUGUAGUGAAGUUGAUCGACAAGGUGCUGCUCAAGGUUUGUCUGAGGUUCUCUCUGGUUUGGGCUUGACCCGUCUUGAAGAUGUUCUGCCUGAAAUCUUACAAAAUACUUCGAGUCCUACUCCUUAUAUCAGGGAAAGCUUUAUUUCUCUUCUUAUUUAUUUGCCGGCUACAUUCGGAGCUCGUUUCCAGCCAUACCUUGCUCGUGCUAUUCCACCUAUUCUUUCUGGCUUAGCUGAUGAGUCCGAACUUGUACAAACUGCUUCAUUAAGAGCUGCUAAGAUGAUUGUCAAUAAUUAUGCUACCCGUGCUGUCGAUUUACUUCUCCCUGAACUUGAGAAAGGUUUAUUUGAUGAUAAUUGGCGUAUUAGACUUUCUUCAGUACAACUUGUUGGUGAUCUCAUCUAUAAGCUUGCAGGUAUUAACAAAAAGACAUUGCAAGAAGAAACUGAUGAAAGUGAGGAAGGAACCAGGACUGAUGUUAAUCGUAAAGCCUUAUUGGAGACUAUCGGUUCUGAGCGUCAUGACCGUGUGUUAUCCUCACUUUACAUCCUUCGUCAAGAUAUUGCUGCUGUUGUUAGGACUCAUGCUCAACAGAUCUGGAAGAAUAUUGUUGUAAAUACUCCUCGUACUGUUAGAGAUAUCAUGUCUACGUUAACAGCUCUUAUUGUGGGCAACUUGAACAGCACUGGAAAUGACCGUCGUGCCAUGUGUGUUAAGAGCUUAGGAGAUUUAUUGAAGAAAGCUGGUUUUGAUGUUUUGUCCCAACUUCUUCCAUCACUGAAGGCUGGUUUAGAGUCUUCUGAUAGACAAGAUAGGAUUGGUGUUUGUAUUGCUUUGCAAGAGUUGAUUUCUAGUGCUUCACAUGAUCAGCUUGAAAUUUAUAGUGACCAAUUCGUUUAUUCUGUACGUGAAGCACUCAUGGAUUCAGAUUUGGAAGUAAGAGAAACUGCAGCUGAAGCAUUCGAUAUUCUCCAAACAGUGAUAGGUGAUCGUGCGGUUGAUGAGGUUCUCCCCGAAUUGCUCAAAUUGCUUGAAUCUGAUGACAAGUCCGAAUAUGCAUUGUCCGCACUUAAAGAAAUAAUUGCUCGUCGCUCUGCCUCAAUUUUCCCUGUCCUUAUCCCUACUCUUAUUAAACAACCAAUCUCUGCGUUCAAUGCUCGGGCUUUGGCUUCUCUUGCGCAAGCAGCUGGUCCUACAUUAAACAGACGAUUACCGUCAAUCCUUAAUGCCCUCAUGGAAUCCAUACUUGUUGCGAAAGAUGACAAUUUGCAAAGCUUAGAAGAAGCAGUUGACACAAUCGUUCUAUCUGUAAAAGACCAAGAUGGACUCACGGUGCUUAUGGCUCAUCUUUACUCAUUUACUGAGAAUGAAGAUUACAAGAAGCGUUUGUUUGCUGCUAAGCACAUGCUUACAUUCUUUCAAAACUCUAAACUGGACUAUUUCCGCUUUGUACCUGAUUGGAUCAGUCAUCUUGUUAGAUUGUUUGAAGAUAGGAGCACUGAUGUUAUCGCUGCAGCUGUUGCUGCUCAGCAUGCCCUCACGUCUUCAAUGCGUAAAGACAGGAUUGAAUCAGUGAUUAAUAUUACAUACAAGUCAUUACACGAUGUUGGUGUACAUGAUACCACAUUGCCUGCAUUUGAACUGCCCCAGGGUAUUAGUUCAAUUUUGCCUAUCUUCCUGCAUGGUUUGAUGCACGGUACAAACGAGCAACGUGAACAAUCUGCUUUAGGUGUUGCAGACAUAGUUAUGCGUGCUGAGCCCGAUAAACUUCGUCCCUAUGUCACACAGAUUACUGGUCCGUUGAUUCGUAUAAGUGGCGAAAGAUUCCCAGUUGAAGUUAAGAGUGCGAUUUUGUAUACCCUUAACAUCAUACUAUCUAAAAUUCCUACAUUUUUGCGUCCCUUUUUGCCUCAGUUACAACGUACAUUUGCUAAAAGUUUGGGUGAUCCUUCGAGUGAAGUCAUUCGCAGUAGAGCAGCUACAGCUUUGGGUACUCUUAUUACCUUACAAACUCGUCUCGCUCCUAUUGUAACAGAAUUGGUAGCAGGUGCUCGUACUCCUGAUGCUGGUGUGCGCAAGGCUAUGCUGAAUGCAUUAUUCGCGGUCGUUUCUAAAUCCGGCCAAAACAUGAAUGAAGCCUCAGCUGAAUCUGUUGAUCAAUUGUUAAGAGAAAUAUCAUCUGAAACAAAUGAAUAUAUGAUUAUCUGUGCCAAGAUGUAUGGCGCUUUGUUUAAUCAACUUACCGACACUCGUGCCAGGCAGCUACUUGAUACCAAGAUUUUCAGCGUUGAAACUUUGGAUGAAUACUCAAUCUUGAUAUUGAAUGCAGUCAUUAAAUAUGGAUCAAAGAAGAUUAUCGAGAUGGGUUUGAGCGAAAGUGUCUGUCAAGCAAUAUCGGAUGCAUGCCAGCAAAAAGAGACCUAUAUUACCGAGAAUGCCGUCUUGGCUGCCGGUAAAGCACUUCUCGCUGACGUUCCUCAAAACUUCAACGAGUCAAAGGUUUUGUUCGAGGCUUUGAGAAUUAGCCUGGAGGUUAGCCCAUCUGGAUCCCAAGAUUCCAAGCGUCUAUCUCUGGUUAUCAUUCGAAUCUUGUCAAAAGAAAAAUAUGACAUCGUCCGACCUCAUCUCAAUAUUCUUGCACCUGCUGUCUUCAGUUGUAUUCGUGCUAUUGUUAUUCCAAUCAAACUUGCUGCAGAGGCCGCCUUCUUAGCAAUGUUCAAACUUGUUGAUGAUGAUUCGAUCAUAAACAAGUAUAUGGAAACUUUGGAGGGACCUCGUGCUAGAAGCUUUACUGAUUACACUCGUCGUGUUGCAUUCAAACUGGCAGCCGGUGAACGUGAUCGUAUCGCCUCUGGAAGUGGUAGAAUUCAAUUGGAAGAAAAGGAAGAUUUGGCUGAAAUUACAGCUGUUGGUAGAGAUAAUGAGGUUAUUUCCAAUGAAUCAUGGUAAAUGGUGUUACUUAAUCGUAACCAGGAAUUAACCCAUUGAGCUAAAGUUUACAGCUAUUUUUAUUGAUGGAAGUCGGAGUAUUAACUUAUUCAUUUCGUUUAUUUUGGUCAUUGAUUUUUGGAACAAAACAAGGAGCAAAAUAUAAUGUCAAAAAAAUUGAAAAUAUUGACCAAAAAAUUGAUGGAUUAUUGAUUUGUUUUGAUCUAUGACAAGCUAUAUAAAUUUGUAUAUAGAAUCUUAUGUAAAUUUCAAAUUAUAUGGUUUUAGGAUUUUCAACAUCACUAAA